AUACGAAGUGAUCGACACAUGAAAGCGAUGUUUAUAUCGACGAUAACGCCAUCAAUGGUCGCAGAGAUCAGCCGUAUUUGAUACCCGAAGACCUCAUAUCACCACACAAUGAGUGGUCGGACGGGUGGGUACGCGAGGGACCGGCGCGCUGUCAACGGCGGCCGCCAUUCAGACGACUCGCACGUUGGACACCGUUUGCAGAGGUCUUCGCCGACCGCCGACGCCAUCGAUGUGUCUCUGAAUGGCGUCAAUAACUUGCGGCCAAAGUGUGAACAAACGUAUCGCGUGAUUGUCGCCAACGUGUCCACCGAUUCCUCGUUGGUCUACGAGAAGCAGCUCUGGAAUGACAUCAAACAAUACAGGCAUCAGAAAGACACAAUACUCAUCGAGUAUUUGAUUGGCUUUUACGUGUCUUUGAUGGAAGCGAUUGUCACAAACGACAGACACAAAGAGCCGUACCUUUUGUUUGCCAUUAAUAGCCAAUUGUCUGCAACGACUCGACUCUUGUUAUACAAUAUACUGAUCCGAAUCGGAGAUCUCAACCGUUAUCUCAAUAAGACGUCGAUUGCGGAGAACUAUUACCUGAGGGCCCGCCGACUGGACCCCACCCGAGGGCACGCCUACAACCAGUUGGCCAUCAAUACGCCGUUGAGUCAGCACUUGAAGUGCAUUUACUACUACUGCAGGGCCGCCAAGUCGUCAGCGGAUCCCAUAGUGAUCGCCGAGACUAACCUCAAGGUUGCGGUCAAUCGUUUCGAUUCGGAUAUUCUGAAGUCAAUCAUCAAAAACGGCUCAAAUGUCAGCGACGGCUCACCCGAUGACCAACAGCUGAUCCCAACGUACCCUCAGAAGGGCAUCGAUUGGUUCUACUUGUCUGUGAUCUCCAUUUAUAGCGAUAAUAUGGACACAAUCCUGAGGCCAUUGAUCCAGUUUGUGAUCACUAACUGCGAGCUGACGUCAAACAAACACUUGGAUUGUAGUAAUAAUAAGGACUUGAGUUUCGCUUUAAUGGCGUUCGACGUGUCCAUCGAUUUCAUUGCUCUAAAAGCCCAGCAAAAGUCAUUCUUCGAUGUCUUCGCCAAAGAGCUUAAGGACGUGAAGGCGGCGCUCAAGAGCUGCUCCGAUGUCCUGAACGACAGCAAAGACAGCGACAAAGAGGGUCAGAGCGACAGUCACACCAAAGCUCUAUUUCACGACUACUUCUUGAGAGGAUUCUCGCCGUUGACACCAAUUCACAGCCAAUUGGUGUUCGACGCGAACGAGACGCUUGUCGUACGAGCGGAUCAACUGGUGCUCAGAGUUGUCAACAAAUUAGACAAACUGUUGUCUCAGCCCAAGUCUGUCAAACCAAAGCGCAUGAGGAAUGUGGCCCUGGGAUCCAUUCUGGAGAACGAUUCCUAGCGGUUCUUAAAGCGGUUCCCACACUAUUGCUCACCACUUGACGGCCACCACCACCACUACCACUGCGCGAUCGUCGGCAACACAUUUCCAAUGAAAUUGUCAGAAACUCCAGUCAAUUCAGUCGUGCU